UUCUACUUUUAACAACUUCUCCUGGAAGGCUAUUGACUCCUCGUUCACAAUACAGAAUCUCUCCAUCUUCCCCAGUAUAUUAUAAACACACACACUCGCUCUCUCAUCGAACCCAAACACCAACCCCUCUUCAAGGAAAGAAAAAGUUUGUCACUCGUCGGUUGCUGAAUCUGCUGGUCCUCCCUCCCUCCCUUUCAAUCUCAAACCUCAUCUCAACUCAGGCAUGGCUUUCUUUCCUGUUUUAGGAAGAGGAAUGAAUAGCAAGAUCCAAUCAGUUAUGGAAAAUCCAACAGACGGAAUGCCAUCCGCACCAGCAGUUGGAUAUAGGUUUCGUCCAACCGACGAAGAAUUGAUUAGCAAUUACUUGAAGCCAAAAUUGCUCGGUUAUGACUUGGAAGACUUACUCAUCAUCGCAGAGGUCAAAGUCUGUAAACAUGAACCCUGGGAUCUACCUGUUAAAUCGGAAAUUAAGUCCGAUGAUGCAGUUUGGUAUUUCUUUUGCCCUCGCGAUUUAAAGUACUCAAACAGCAGACGCUCUAACCGGAAAACGAAAGCCGGAUUCUGGAAACCAACCGGCAAAACUAUUAAAGUGAAGGCUAAGCGUAACAAGGAGGUGAUUGGUACUAAGAAGACUUUGGUUUUCUAUAGAUCAGCUAGUCCUAAAGCCGAGAGGACUGCAUGGAUCAUUCAUGAAUACGAAGUGUUCGUAUCUGAUUCAAAGAAUCUGGGGGAAUAUGUUCUCUGUAAAUUGAAGAAAAAACUAGAUGAGAAAACCAGUAAAGGUGUACCCAAAAACCAUACCGCUUCUACCUCAGGUUUUGAAGCUGAACCAAGCUGCAGUAUGGCUUCUGAUUUUGAAAAUCAAAAUCGUAGUGAGUUGACAACGAAUUCUGCUUGUGUCGGAAGUGAAUCAAGCCACUGUCUGGCUUCUGAUUUUGAAAAUCCAAAUUCAAAUGAGCUGCCGACUAACUUAGCUCAGGAAGCGAGUGAGUCGAGCCACUUUUCGACCACUAAUAAUCAAAACCCAAAUGAGCUGAUGUCUAAUUCGGCGUAUUAUGGAAGUGGGUUGCACCACUCCAUGGCUACUAAUUUUGGUAUUCCAAACUCAAAUGAGCUGAUAUCUAGUUCAUCCCAUAAUGGAAGUGGUUUACUCCACUCCAUGAAUUCAAAUUAUGAAAUUCAAUACCCAAAUGAGCUGAAUUCUAAUUCGGCUUAUGAUGGAAGUGGUGGUUUACUCCACUCCAUGACUUCAAAUUAUGAAAUUCAAUACCCAAAUAAGCUGAUAGUUAAUUCAGCUUAUAAUGGAAGUGAACAGAGCCACUAUAUGGCUUCUGAUUCUGAUUAUGUGUCAUCCUAUGAGAAUUGGUUUACAGCUUCUGAUUUUGAAGAUCCAUUAUCACCUCUUCAACCUGAAGGUGAAACCGGUCCUUCCAUGGAGAUGCCUUUUCAGUUUACAAAUUGCCUACUGGCUUCUGAUUUUGAAAAUCAAAAUAUAGACAAGGAAACAGAUAUAUCAGCCCCCGAUGAAGGUGAAAGGAGUUCUCCUACAGUAAUGCCUUUGGAUUUUUUGGAAAAUGAAAAUCCUUGGGGGAAGACUGAUAUGUCAACCCUUGAAGAAGGUGGUUUGUGUUGCUUGAUGGCUUCAACAGAAAACAGUCCAGCAGAUGAUUCGAUUCUGCAGUUUCCACAGCCAAACCCUGAACAAUUGGCUGAGCUGGAAGCAUUCCUGGAGCUAGAGGACAGCCUUAACCCUCCGCCUCAGCCACCUGCAUCUACAAGCACCGAGGAAGUCCCUAAUUAUACGGUCAUUGGUUCUGUGUCUUAUUGAACACAUCUGUUAUUUCCUAUAUAUCUGCCCUAUUUGGGUAUUUAUAUAAACACAAUAUUGAAACUGGAGUUCCUAUGUGGCUAAUGUUGCCACCUUGCACCCCCAAAUCUGCUACCGAUACAACUUAUGCUGCCUAGUUGUUCGAUUUCUUGCAUGUUAUCUGAUCUGCAAAUUCACUUUCUGUAUAGUGGAUGCUACUGAGUUUGAUCAGUCCAUGCAGCUCCGGGCUGUUUAAAGCCCAUGCCUUCUAAAGUUUGUGGCUAUAUCCAAACAUUAAGAGGAAGAUUUUAUUACUAGUAGUAAAAGAUGCUUGGUUUUGUCCAAGAAUCCCGAUGCAUUUGCUGCUGUCCAGUUCUGGAUUUGUUAAAUAGAAAGUACUUCGUAAUUCCUAUAUUUAGUUGCUUGGGUUGUUUUAGCUACAUGUUACUUAGUGUGUGAAGGGGGAUUUGUAACAAGUGAAAACUGCUCGUACGAGCCUUGUAUCUAAAUGUAUCAGCUGUGUUUCAAAGAUCAAUGAGCAAAGAGUACGUUCAAUUGAUAUAA